CUCGUGCGCGCUGCAGGCAGGCUCGCUCGCUCGCUCGCACCUUUGCACAGUCCACAUCCUGCGUCUCCUCCGCGGCCGCCGCUGCUGCUGUCUGGCACAGCGCUGUGAUAUCAUUGGCCAGCCCCGGAGGAAGAUGAACGCUGCGAGCUGUUUCCUUUUGAUGCUGCUCUGACACACGGGGGUGGGAAAAUGUUUCCUCAGGAGCUGGCUCAGAAAAUCAAGGGCUACCAGGAGCAGAUCGCCUCUUUGAACUCCAAGUGCAAGAUGCUGACGAUGAAAGCCAAGCAUGCCACCAUGCUGCUGACGGUGACCGAGGUGGAGGGGAUGGCGGAGGGGACGGAGGACUUGGACGGGGAGCUCCUCCCAGCGACCUCGGCCCACCCCUCUGUGGUCAUGAUGACUGCAGGUCGCUGUCACACUUUGCUGUCACCUGUCACUGAGGAGUCUGGGGAGGAGGGAACCAGCAGUGAGAUUUCCUCUCCACCUGCCUGUCGUUCCCCUUCACCUGUGGCUAACACAGACGCUUCUGUGAACCAGGAUAUUGCUUAUUACCAAGCCCUGUCUGCUGAGAGGUUGCAGACAGAUGCCGCAAGGAUUCACCCCAGCACGUUGUCAUCCCAGGAGUUCUAUGAGCCAGGACUGGAGCCACCUGCAACUGCUAAGCUGGAUGAUCUGCAGCGUUCUUGGGAAACGUUAAAGAAUGUGAUCAGUGAAAAGCAGCGCACACUCUAUGAAGCUUUGGAACGCCAGCAAAAGUACCAGGACACCCUCCAGUCCAUCUCCACAAAAAUGGAGGCCAUCGAGAUGAAACUCAGUGAGAAUCUAGAGCCUGGCAGGAGUCCAGAAAGCCAGAUGGCUGAACAUCAGGCCCUGAUGGAUGAGAUUCUCAUGCUUCAAGAUGAAAUCAGUGAGCUCCAGUCGUCCCUCGCAAACGAGCUGGUGUCCGGGUCCCCAGAGUCCGACCCUGCGGAGCAGCUGGCCUUGCAGUCCACGCUCACCGUCUUGGCAGAGCGCAUGUCCACCAUCAAGAUGAAAGCAUCCGGAAAGCAACAGCUUUUGGAGGAGAAGUUAAAUGAUCAGCUGGAAGAACAGAGACAGGAGCAGGCCCUGCAGAGGUAUCGCUCUGAAGUCGAUGAGCUGGACCAUUGGCUCUUAAGCACUAAGGCCACUCUGGACCUAGCACUGGGUACGCCUGAGGAGCCCAUGGACAUGGACGCCCAGCUGGUGGACUGCCAGAACAUGCUGGUGGAAAUUGAGCAGAAGGUGGUGGCCUUAUCGGAGCUCUCGGUCCACAAUGACAACCUGCUUCUGGAGGGCAAGGCUCGCAGAAAGGACGAGGCUGAGCAGCUGGCAGCGAAGCUGAGAACCCUCAAGGGGAGCCUCCUGGAGCUGCAGAGAGCACUGCAUGACAAACAGCUCAACAUCCAGCAGGGAACAGCACAAGAGAAGGAGGAGAAUGAUGUUGACCCGACUGCCACUCAGAGCCCUGGUGUCCAGGAAUGGCUGGCCCAAGCUCGCACCACGUGGGCCCACCAGCGACAGAGCAGUCUCCAGCAACAAAAAGAGCUGGAGCAGGAGUUAGCAGAGCAGAAGAGCCUCCUCCGUUCAGUAGCCAGUCGUGGAGAGGAGAUUCUAACCCAGCAGUCAGCUGCAGAGACCUCUGGUGGCGUUGGCGAAAAACCUGAUGUGUUAUCCCAGGAGUUGGGGAUGGAAGGGGAGAAAUCGCCUGCUGAAGACCAGAUGAGAAUGAAGUGGGAAAGCCUACAUCAAGAAUUUAGUACAAAGCAGAAACUACUACAGAAUGUUCUGGAACAGGAACAAGAACAAGUGCUUUACAGCAGGCCCAGUCGGCUCCUGUCUGGUGUGCCACUGUACAAAGGGGAAGGGCAGACCCAAGACAAAUCUGCAGUGACUUCUUUGCUGGAUGGAUUGAACCAGGCCUUUGAGGAAGUUUCCUCCCAGGGUGGAGGGACAAAGAAGCAGAACAUUCACUUGGAACAGAAGUUAUACGAUGGGGUCUCGGCCACCUCUACUUGGUUGGAUGAUGUCGAGGAACGUUUAUUUGUUGCCACAGCACUUUUACCGGAAGAAACAGAAACUUGUCUCUUCAACCAAGAGACUCUUGCCAAAGAUAUUAAGGAAAUGUCUGAAGAAAUGGAUAAGAACAAGAACUUGUUUUCCCAAGCAUUUCCAGAGAAUGGUGAUAACCGUGAUGUUAUUGAAGACACUUUGGGAUGUCUUUUGGGAAGGUUAUCCUUGCUAGACUCAGUAGUGAAUCAGCGAUGUCAUCAGAUGAAGGAAAGACUGCAGCAAAUACUAAAUUUCCAGAAUGAUCUGAAGGUGCUGUUUACAUCACUGGCCGACAACAAAUAUAUCAUUCUGCAAAAACUGGCAAAUGUGUUUGAAAAGCCUGUGGCAGAGCAAAUAGAGGCGAUACAACAGGCUGAAGAUGGGCUAAAGGAAUUGGAUGCAGGAAUCACUGAAUUAAAAAAGCGUGGUGACAAGUUGCAGGUUGAGCAGCCGUCCAUGCAAGAACUCUCCAAACUCCAGGACAUGUAUGACGAACUGCUGAUGACCAUUGGCUCUCGGCGGAGUGGGCUGAACCAGAAUCUUGCACUCAAGAGUCAGUACGAAAGGGCCAUGCAAGAUCUGGCCGACCUGCUAGAAACUGGACGAGAGAAGAUGGCAGGCAACCAGAAACUGAUCGUGUCUUCCAAAGAGGAAAUCCAACAGCUACUUGACAAACAUAAGGAAUACUUUCAGGGCCUGGAAUCUCAUAUGAUUUUGACCGAAACACUCUUCAGAAAGAUAAUCAGCUUUGCAGCCCAACAGGAAACCCAGUUCCACACAGAAAUGAUGGCGCAGGCGUCAGCCGUACUGAAAGGAGCUCACAGGAGGGGUGUGGAGCUGGAGUACAUUCUAGAGACGUGGUCCCAUCUGGAUGACGACCACCGGGAGCUCAGCAGACAGCUGGAGGUGGUGGAAGCCAACAUCCCCAGUGUGGGUUUGGUGGAGGAGAGUGAGGACAGGCUCAUCGAUCGGAUAACGCUCUACCAGCAUUUGAAAUCCGGCCUUAACGAACACCAGCCCAAAUUAUAUCAGGUGUUAGAUGAUGGGAAACGUCUUUUGAUAUCCAUCAGCUGCUCAGAUCUAGAAAGCCAGCUAAAUCAACUCGGAGAACACUGGUUAAAUAAUACCAACAAGGUGUCUAAGGAGCUUCACAGAUUGGAAACAAUAUUGAAACACUGGACCAGAUAUCAAAGUGAAUCUGCAGCUCUAAUUCACUGGUUACAGUCUGCAAAAGACAGGCUAGAAUUUUGGACUCAGCAAUCUGUGACGGUCCCACAAGAACUGGAAAUGGUCCGUGAUCAUUUGAAUGCUUUCCUGGAGUUUUCCAAGGAAGUGGAAGCCAAAUCUCCCCUGAAGUCAUCCGUUCUGAGCACUGGAAACCAGCUUCUCCGAUUGAAGAAAGUGGACACAGCUGCCCUGCGUUCUGAGCUGUCACACGUGGAUAGCCAGUGGACUGACCUGCUGACCAAUAUUCCAGCUGUGCAGGAAAAGCUCCACCAGCUCCAAAUGGACAAGCUACCUUCUCGCCAUGCCAUUUCUGAAGUCAUGACUUGGAUUUCUCUCAUGGAAAAUGUCAUUCAAAAGGAUGAAGAGGAUAUAAAAAACUCCGUAGGUUACAAGGCAAUUCAUGAAUACCUUCAGAAAUAUAAGGGUUUUAAGAUAGACAUUAACUGUAAACAGUUGACAGUUGAUUUUGUGAACCAGUCUGUGCUACAAAUCACCAGUCAGGAUGUGGAAAGUAAACGCAGUGAUAAGACUGAUUUUGCUGAGCAACUAGGAGCAAUGAAUAAAAGUUGGCAAAUUCUGCAGAGUCUAGUAGCUGAGAAGAUUCAGCUGUUGGAAGGCUUAUUGGAAUCUUGGUCGGAAUACGAAAAUAAUGUACAGUGUAUGAAAACUUGGUUUGAAAUCCAGGAAAAGAGAUUAAAACAGCAACAUCGAAUUGGAGAUCAGGCUUCAGUUCAGAAUGCAAUGAAAGAUUGUCAGGACAUGGAAGAUUUGAUUAAAGCAAAAGAAAAAGAGGUAGAGAAAAUUGAACAGAAUGGACUUGCUUUGAUUCAGAACAAGAAAGAAGAAGCGUCUGGCGUUGUCAAGAGCACACUGCAGGAGCUCAACCAAACCUGGGCACAUUUAGACCACAUGGUCGGACAGUUAAAGACACUAUUGAAGUCAGUGCAUGACCAAUGGAACAGUCACAAAGUGGCCUCUGAUGAGAUAAACAGUUACCUCAUGGAGGCUAGAUACUCUCUUUCUAGAUUCCGUCUGCUGACUGGCUCUUUAGAAGCUGUGCAAGUUCAGGUAGACAAUCUUCAGAAUCUUCAAGAUGAUCUAGAAAAACAGGAAAAGAGCUUACAGAAAUUUGGCUCUAUCACCAACCAACUAUUAAAAGAGUGUCACCCACCUGUGACAGAAACUCUUACCAAUACAUUAAAGGAAGUUAAUAUGAGGUGGAAUAACUUGCUGGAAGAGAUCGCUGAGCAGCUGCACUCCAGCAAGGCCCUCCUGCAGCUCUGGCAACGGUACAAGGAGUACUCCCAACAGUGUGCUUCAACCAUUCAGCAGCAGGAGGAUCGAACCAAUGAACUCUUAAAGGCAGCCACUAACAAGGACAUUGCUGAUGACGAAGUCGCUACAUGGAUUCAAGAUUGCGAUGACCUCCUCAAAGGACUGGGGACAGUGAAGGAUUCCCUUUUUGUUCUCCAUGAGCUGGGAGAGCAACUCAAGCAACAAGUGGAUGCUUCAGCAGCCUCAGCCAUUCAAUCAGAUCAACUCUCUUUGAGUCAACACUUAUGCAUCCUAGAACAGGCUCUUUGCAAACAGCAGACUAUGUUACAGACGGGCGUCCUCGACUAUGAAACCUUUACCAAGAGUUUGGAAGCUUUGGAGGCCUGGAUCGUAGAAGCUGAAGAAACGCUGCAAGUUCAGGACCCCAGCCCCUCGUGCGACCUCUCAACCAUCCAGGAAAGGAUGGAAGAACUUAAGGGGCAGAUGUUAAAAUUCAGCAGCUUGGCCCCAGAUUUAGACCGUCUGAAUGAACUUGGCUACAGGCUGCCCCUGAACGAUAAAGAAAUCAAGAGGAUGCAGAGUCUGAACCGGCACUGGUCUCUGAUCUCCUCUCAAACUACAGAAAGAUUCAGUAAGUUGCAGUCAUUUUUGCUACAACAUCAGACUUUCUUGGAAAAAUGUGAAACAUGGAUGGAGUUCUUGAUUCAAACAGAGCAAAAGUUAGCAGUAGAGAUUUCAGGAAAUUAUCAGCAUCUUUUGGAGCAGCAGAGAGCACAUGAGUUGUUUCAAGCAGAGAUGUUCAGUCGUCAACAAAUUUUGCACUCGAUCAUUACUGACGGCCAGCGUCUUCUGGAACAAGGUCAAGUUGAUGACAGAGAUGAGUUCAACCUGAAGUUGACACUUCUCAGUAAUCAAUGGCAGGGAGUGAUUCGCAGGGCCCAGCAAAGGAGAGGCAUCAUCGACAGCCAGAUUCGCCAGUGGCAACGCUACAGGGAGAUGGCAGAAAAGCUUCGUAAAUGGUUGGCUGAAGUGUCCUAUCUACCCACGAGUGGUCUCGGAAGUGUCCCAAUACCACUGCAGCAAGCGAGGACCCUCUUCGAUGAAGUACAGUUCAAAGAAAAAGUGUUCCUGCGACAACAAGGCAGCUACAUCCUGACGGUGGAGGCUGGCAAGCAGCUCCUGAUCUCUGCCGACAGCGGAGCUGAGGCCGCCUUGCAGGCUGAACUCACGGGAAUCCAAGAGAAAUGGAAAUCGGCCAGCGCGCGUCUGGAGGAGCAGAAGAAGAAACUGUCCUUCUUGUUGAAAGACUGGGAAAAAUGUGAGAAUGGAAUAGCCGAAUCUCUGGAGAAACUACGAACUUUCAAAAAGAAACUUUCCCAGCCCCUACCGGAUCAUCACGAAGAGCUCCAUGCGGAGCAAAUGCGUUGCAAGGAAUUGGAAAAUGCAGUGGGGAGCUGGACAGAUGACUUGGCACAGCUGACACUACUGAAGGACACCCUCUGUACCUACAUCAGUGCCGAUGAUAUCUCCAUCCUGAACGAACGCGUGGAGCUUCUGCAGAGGCAGUGGGAAGAACUAUGCCAUCAGCUCUCCCUAAGGCGGCAGCAAGUAAGCGAGAGGUUGAAUGAAUGGGCAGUCUUCAGUGAGAAGAACAAGGAGCUUUGCGAAUGGUUGACUCAGAUGGAAAGCAAAGUUUCCCAAAAUGGAGACAUUCUCAUUGAAGAAAUGAUAGAGAAGCUCAAGAAGGAUUAUCAAGAAGAAAUUGCUAUUGCCCAAGAGAACAAAAUCCAGCUUCAACAAAUGGGAGAGCGACUUGCUAGAGCCAGCCAUGAAAGCAAAGCCUCUGAGAUCGAAUACAAGCUCGGAAAGGUCAACGACCGGUGGCAGCAUCUCCUGGAUCUCAUGGCAGCCAGGGUGAAGAAGCUAAAGGAGACUCUGGUCGCUGUGCAGCAGCUGGAUAAGAACAUGAGCAGCCUGCGGACGUGGCUGGCUCUCAUCGAGUCAGAGCUGGCCAAGCCGAUAGUCUAUGAUUCCUGUGACUCGGAGGAAAUACAGAGAAAGCUUAACGAGCAGCAGGAGCUUCAGAGAGACAUAGAGAAACACAGCACAGGUGUCGCCUCCGUCCUCAACCUCUGCGAGGUUCUGCUGCAUGAUUGUGACGCUUGUGCCACAGACGCCGAGUGCGAUUCCAUCCAGCAGGCUACGCGAAACCUGGAUCGGCGGUGGAGAAAUAUCUGCGCCAUGUCCAUGGAAAGAAGGCUCAAAAUUGAAGAGACAUGGAGAUUGUGGCAGAAGUUUCUGGAUGACUAUUCCCGUUUUGAAGAUUGGCUCAAGAAUUCAGAAAGGACAGCUGCCUUCCCCAGCUCUUCUGGGGUACUCUAUACAGUUGCCAAGGAAGAACUAAAGAAAUUUGAGGCUUUCCAGCGACAGGUGCACGAGAGCCUGACCCAGCUGGAACUCAUCAACAAGCAGUACCGCCGCCUCGCCAGAGAGAACCGCACCGAUUCUGCCUGUAGCCUAAAGCAGAUGGUUCACGAAGGAAACCAGCGAUGGGACAAUCUGCAAAAGCGUGUCACCUCCAUCUUACGCAGACUCAAGCAUUUCAUCGGCCAGCGUGAGGAGUUUGAGACAGCACGGGACAGCAUUCUGGUGUGGCUGACAGAGAUGGACUUGCAGCUCACUAAUAUUGAGCAUUUUUCUGAGUGUGAUGUUCAAGCCAAAAUAAAGCAACUCAAGGCCUUCCAGCAGGAGAUCGCGCUGAACCACGGUAAGAUUGACCAGAUAAUCGCCCAGGGUGAGCAGCUGAUAGAGAAGAGUGAGCCUCUGGAUGCGGCGGUCAUCCAGGAGGAGCUGGACGAGCUGCGGCGCUACUGCCAGGAGGUGUUCGGGCGCGUGGAGCGGUACCAUAAGAAGCUGACUCGCCUGCCUCUCCCAGAUGAUGAGCACGACCUCUCUGACCGGGAGCUGGAGCUGGAUGACUCUGCAGCUCUCUCGGACCUCCACUGGCAUGACACCUCUGCGGACAGUGUGCUUUCCCCCCAGCCUUCCUCCAACCCCUCCCUCUCACUUGCCCAGCCCCUUCGGAGCGAGCGGUCAGGACGAGACACCCCUGCCAGUGUGGACUCCAUCCCCCUGGAGUGGGACCAUGACUAUGACCUCAGUCGUGACCUGGAGUCUGCCGUGUCCAGAACUCUGCCCUCUGAGGAUGAAGAGGGCCAGGAAGACAAAGAUUUCUACCCCAGGGGAGCUGUUGGCUUAUCAGGGGAUCCCAGCUCCUUAGAGUCAAAGAUCCGACAACUGGACAAGGCCCUGGAUGACAGCCGCUUUCAGAUGCAGCAAACUGAAAACAUCAUCCGCAGCAAAACUCCUACAGGACCAGAGCUGGACGCCAGCUACAGAGGCUACAUGAAACUGCUGGCUGAAUGCAGCGGCAGUAUCGACUCAGUGAAGAGGCUGGAGCACAAACUGAAGGAGGAAGAAGAGAAUUUUCCCGGCUUUGUUAACCUGAAUAGCACGGAAACCCAAACAGCUGGUGUGAUUGACCGAUGGGAGCUCAUACAGGCUCAGGCCCUGAGCAAGGAGCUGAGAAUGAAACAGAACCUCCAGAAGUGGCAGCAGUUCAACUCCGACCUCAACAACAUCUGGACCUGGCUCGGGGACACGGAGGAGGAACUGGAGCAGCUACAGCGCCUGGCGCUCAGCACUGACAUCCCGUCCAUCGAGCUGCAAAUAAAAAAGCUCAAGGAGCUCCAGAAAGCCGUGGACCAUCGCAAAGCCAUCAUCCUCUCCAUCAACCUGUGCAGCUCUGAGUUCACCCAGACCGGUGGUGAGGAGAGCCGGGAUCUGCAGGAUCGCUUGUCCCAGAUGAACGCACGCUGGGACAGGGUGUGCUCAUUGCUGGAGGACUGGCGGGGGCUGCUCCAGGAUGCACUGAUGCAGUGUCAGGAUUUUCAUGAAAUGAGUCAUGGUUUGCUUCUUAUGCUGGAGAACAUUGACAGAAGGAAAAAUGAAAUUGUUCCUUUUGAUUCUAAUCUCGACACAGAGAUACUUCAGGACCAUCACAAACAGCUCAUGCAAAUAAAGCGUGAGCUAUUGGAAUCCCAACUCAAAGUGGCCUCGCUACAAGACAUGUCUUGCCAAUUGUUGGUGAAUGCUGAAGGCACAGACUGUUUAGAAGCCAAAGAAAAAGUCCAUGUGAUUGGAAAUCGGCUCAAACUUCUCUUGAAGGAAGUCAGUCAUCACAUCAAGGAGCUGGAGAAGUCAUUAGACCUGUCAAGCAGUCAGCAGGAUUUGUCUUCCUGGGCUUCUGCUGAUGAACUGGACACCUCAGAAUCUGUGAGUCCUACGUCAGGAAGAAGCAGCCCAAACAGACAGAGAACGCCACGAGGCAAAUGUAGUCUCUCACAGCCUGGACCCUCUGUCAACAGUCCACAUAGCAGGUCCAUAAAAGGUGGCUCCGAUUCCUCCCUUUCUGAGCCUCAGCCCGCUCAGUCCAGCCGAGGUUUCCUGUUCAGAGUGCUCCGAGCGGCUCUUCCCCUCCAGCUUCUCCUGCUGCUCCUCAUCGGGCUUGCCUGCCUUGUACCAAUGUCGGAGGAAGACUACAGCUGUGCCCUCUCCAACAAUUUCGCCCGGUCAUUCCACCCCAUGCUCAGAUACACAAAUGGCCCUCCUCCCCUCUGAACCAAGCGGAUGCUAUCUGCAGCAGUGCUGGCAGCGUAAUGGAGGAUUUGGCCAAAAGCAAUCCCAAAGUAGCAGAAAAGAGGACCUGCAUCUUGGCGAAUGCCAUCGGUGUGGCAGCUUUAGCUCUCCAGAUCCCGUGUGUGUGUGUUAUGAUUUCAGAGAUGGGUGAUAAACAAUGACAGGAGGAGAACAAACAGAAGACAGAAGGUUUGGGAGAAAUAUUGUUUGAAACACUGAGCCUCAGUACUAAAGAGAUGAAGGACCUCUGACGUUCCCCAGAUGGGGGAAUUCUGGGCCUCUGGCCCAUCCUGUGCACGCCCAGGGACUGCAGCACACCGUCUGGGCAGAGUUCCCACGGUGCCGCCCCAUCCAUUCAUAAAUGACACUCCGAGGCGCCAUGUUAGUGUCAAACAAUCUUCCAGCCAACCAGCGCUGAAGAGAUUUUAGAACCUUGUAACAUACAGUUUUUAAGAGCUAUAUAACAGCUUCCUUUUUACCUGGUUUUCCUUUUGGGCAUGAUGGUUUAACUUUUGCUUUAGAAGCAUAAGCUGUAAAUCUAAAAGGCACUUUUUUAAAAAGUAUAACAAAAAACUGGAUGUAAUAAAUAAGAUCACGGAAGGCUUUAUGUGAAAAAAUAAGUUGAAUGUUAUAGUAAAAAAAAGAUAUUUAUGUAUGUACAGUUUGCUAAAGCCAAGUUUUGUUUGUAUUGAUUUCUUUGCAUUUAUUAUAGAUACUAUAAAAUA